UUUAAGAACACUUCCAAGAGAUGAUUUAAUAUUAAGAGAAUUUAUUUGUGGAUUAUGAAGUUACAGGCUGCAGUUAAGUAUUUUAUCAAUUAUCAAUUAUUCUGAUUAUUUACUCAAUUAAUCGUUUUGGUCUUUGAUUGUGAAAAUAAGUAAAAAUCCUGACCACAAUCUUCACAUAGUUUUUUUUAGUCCAACAGUCCAAAGAUACUCAGUUCACUACUGUAAUCCACUCCCUCUGCUGUAUUAUAGAGGAAUAAGAGAACCAGUGAAGAUUCAGGAGGAACCACUAUCUCAUUUUUGACUUUUUUUCUUAAACAGUUAUAAAAACUUUUAGUUUUAAAUUAGUAAAUGAGAUUAAAGGUGGUUUCAGCUGUCUGAAUACAUAAACCAGCAGUAGACGAUGAUCCCAUGCAGAUGGCUCAACUAAAAAAACACAUUUCCAGAAAUAAUAUGGAGAACAUGACCUCAGUGACCUCCGUGGCAGCUACAGCCCUUCUCCCCACUUGCAAAGGGGCCCCUGGGGGUCCCCCCCGACCCCCCCACUUUGGGACCAGUAGACACGCUGCACCUGUAUCCAGUGCGCCUGUCCUGUUCGGAAAAAGUUGGCAGCGCAAUGGUUACGCUGCGUGCGUCUCAAGGGCAAAGGAAAUGAGGAAACCGAUCACAACAACUAAUGAACACUGCCGCCUCUCCAGCAGCCUGUCUGCGGACGUGCUGCUCUGCCGGCUCCACUGUAGCUGCACUGCCGUGUCACCGGACGAUGUUAUUCCAGGCUCAUUUAUAAGACGAUAAAAUAAAUAAAUAAAAAGAAGAAACCGGGGAGAUGCGCCUGGAGAGGAAACGUCACAUUUUCAGACGGAGCUUCAGUGUGUGACCGAGCAGGGGAGUGGAUCUGCGGCACCGUCCCUCUGCACGGCGGGCUGCAGCGGCGGGGCUUCACCGGAUAAACGUCCUGUAGCUGGAUGAUGUGAUUGUGUGGUUUUUUUUUUUUUUUAGUCAUACAGGAUUUUUAUGAUCGCACCACGUUUCAGCGGGAAUCCGGAUGAUCCUCCAAUCACGCCAUCCCGGACCUCAGGACCGGUUUCACGGGAUCAGGACCAGUAGACUGACGGUGCCCUGAAAUAUAUGUAGGGAGGCAUCACUCAAAGUUUAAACAAGUCCCAGUGACAUUUAAGCGGAUUUAAGGUUGUUCCCACGGCUAGAUGUUAGAUUAUUAGGCCUUCUUGAGAAUGGCAUAUGUUCUGUCUGUGUGUUAAAAUGACUGGAGGGAGCGUUGUUUGAGACCCUCACUCAUUAUAUUAAUUACAGUUUUAUGUUGGGAGUCCGGCUGUAGUUCAGACAAUAACUGGAGCUCAGAUGCAACAAGGUAAAGUUAUUAUUCCAACACUGAGGAUGCCACCAUGGGUGUCCUCUCAAGGAAGGGAGACCGGAGAGUGACAGCGGGUCUUCUGCGUCUUUAAUCGGACCUUUGAUCGGCGAAGGGAAAGCCGUAGCCGGACAAAGCACCUUCUUUUUUGUUCCUUUUUCUUUUUUUUUGGAUUGGUCCAAAAAUAUUUUUUGCGUGCCCCUUGGACUCCUGCACAAUGGGGAUUAUGCUUCAAGUUAUUCUAGGAAUGUUUCAAUUCCUGCUGCUCACCAGAAUACCGACUUCCCAUGCCAAGCUUGCUCACUGGCGGCCAGCAGACUCCCCAAAAUCCAGGGAAGGUCGAGAAGUGCGGCGGUGGUUGGAGGUUUAUUCGCGGAGUGGCUGUGAGCCUCGGGACACUCUGGUGGAGGUCUGGAGGGAGUUGCCAGGGGAGACACACCAUCUCUUUGUCCCGUCUUGCGUGUCGCUGAGGCGAUGUGGUGGCUGCUGUGCUGACGAGGCCCUGGAGUGCGUUCCCUCGCUCACACACACACUCACCAUGGAGCUGAUGAGAACCUCCUUCAUGAAACAUGAGCUCAUUGAGCUGCCCUUCAUCGAGCACAGCCAGUGUGAAUGCAGAUUAAAAGAACAAUUUCAGCCAGUAGCCACUACAAGACCCUCUCUGAAGCCAACAAGAAAUGACAAGAAAAAGGAGAGAGGAAAGUCCAGACAGAAGACAACUGGAGCCAUCGGAGCUGCGACCCAUGCUCCCCCAACUCUUCAUCUCCCAUCCUCUCCUCCUCCUCCUCCUCCUCCAUCACCUCCUCCCACUAGCAUCUCCCCCUCUCCCUCUCCGUCACCAUCUCCAAGUCCUCAUUGCCGCCCCUGCCGAGGGAGAAAGUGGGCACUGGAUGCGACGUCUUGUCAGUGCCUCUGCACCAUCAGAGCUGAGAGCUGCAGUCGGAAAAACCGGAGGCUCAACCCUCACCGCUGCAGGUGUGAUGCCAUCAGGACUUGAUGUGUCCGCCCACUUUCUUUUCACAUCCUUGUUGCCACCAAUCCCUGCUGAUUCAUCGCCCACUCUCAGCAUCAGUGCCAUGGAACAUACAGGCGCUUGGACAUCCAUUACCUCAGACUGAAGGAAAUAUUAGCGCACACAAAAACCCGUAGCAGCGCCCUAGUUUGUGUGUGUGUGUGCGUGCAGCCAAACAUCAUCCCACCUCCUCGCUUCUGUCAGUCCAAAUGUACAUGUGUGUACAGACAUGUAGAGUCACAAAACCCAUCCCAUGAGUGGAGGGAUGAAAUUGCAGCAUGAUGGCAACUUAAACGAGAGAUGUCGAAGUGAAUUUCAAACAAACUCUUUCUUGGUGGACACAGUCACACAGUUUAAAAGUGCCCCGGCUCUGCUGUGGUUUGGAGGUUGGACUGCAGUUUGAAUACAAGAAAGCAGUGGAAACACAAAUGAUCAUACUAUACAAAAGCAGUGGAUGGAAGUGGAUCGGUCUUAUGCAGGUGUCCUACGUGGAAGUUUUUUUUUUUUUUCGUAGUCAAACUGCACAUUGAGACAGAUUCUAGAGUGAAGUCAAGGCCCUUUUGUGUGCUGAGGAUUUGAAAAACAACUGCAACAGAUUAUAGAUGAACACAUCUACACUCAGACAUACCAGAAGCACAUAGGACAUGCAUAUGAACUGGCACCCCAGUGUGCGUGGACCUAUAAUUGAGCUGAAUGCUGGGAUGGAGUGUAUCUGUGUGGUCUCGCCACUGAAAGACCCAGAUGGGUUAUCCCUGCAGCCGUUCUCUCUCAUUCAAAGCGUAUGACCACGGGCUGGCUCUCCAAGCCGCUUUCCAGCAUUUGUUUAAUUUGGGCCUUUUGUCUCCAUCUUUCCUCGGCUCCUCGAUUGAAAGCAGCCGCUUUGCCUCUCUUUUAGGCAGUGAGGAGAAUGACAAUAAUGAGGCCUGGCGGCUGUCCACUGCUUCACACACAAACAUUCACACUUAUAAUACCAGGAACACAGACGACACUGCAGAUGCAGACACACACACAGUCACUCACACUCUGUGCUAUAGCAGACACACAUACAUGAUACACACACAAUGUGAAAUGAAUGCAGGUAGCCAUAAGCUUAUGUUUGUGCCACACCAAGUGUGCAAAUAUAUGUCAGUUGUUUAAAUUUGCAAUUUACUGCAAAGUCUUCAUUUAAUAUUGUAUUAUAUGCCUCUGUUUUAUAUUUUAUUAUAAUUAUGUCAAGUUGAUUGAAAAGAUAUUCUAUAUUGCAGGAUGUGUCUUUGUUUUGUUUCUGUUCAUCUUUAAUCCGUCUGCACAAAGAGUCACGCUGGGUGGCCGGCUACAUACACACGCUGCAUCUAAACCGAUACUCAAAUGUAUUGAAUUUAAACAGAGACGGUUCACACAGGCUACAGAUGGGAGACUAUAUACAUUAUAAUGUGUAAUUCAAACAAUCAGUGGGGCAGUGUUGUCCGCAGCACACAGAAACCAAGCAAAUAGCUGUUCCCAGUGCAGUGAAAGGAAAACAUGGCUGUUUUUGUUGCGUGUUAGAGCUGGGAUGGAAAGAGUAUUAUUCAUUUGGAACAUAACUUGUUUAUAUUCUGACUGAAUCUCACGGUUUAACUCUAUGUUAGUUCACGACUACUUGGCUCCUGGGUGGGAACAGGGAUUGGAACUGCGACUGUUUCAGAAAGAAUGAGGUCUUGAGCAGCUUGUCAGUCAGCGUGGCAGACUGCAGCCGGAGCCCAGGAGGCAUAAUGGCGGGUCAUGGAGUUUAAACCUAUUUUUGAUUCAUUCAGACCCUUUGUCCUGUGCUCAGUUUUACCAGUGACUUCCUAGCUUCAACAGUAGCUUUUAAACUCCAGCAUUCAUGUUUGUAGUCUCCCUGAAGUCCAGAGUCUGAAUUAUUUGUGUGUCAGCCUCGAGCAAAAGAACUUUGUUUUAGUAGCUGGUGUGAUAAGCUCUGUAUUUAUACUCUCUUGAGAUGAAAUUGUUUUUUUCCACGCUCGAGUCCAUUGUUCAGUGUUUAUUACUGUCAAUCAAUGCUUCAAUCACUACCUCUAUAUCAUAACAUAUUAAUGACCAAGUAUUAGAGCAUUGUUGUUACUCUCUCUGUGUUAUUUCAGACCUUUUAUGAUAAUGAUGUUGUUUUUUUAUUUACAUUUAGCAAUAAGCAUAGUCUCCAGUGUAGAGAUGUGCAGCUGCAGCAGAUCUGUAGUAAUUAUCACUGGUUUAGACAAACUUAUAGGAGUUUUCUAUGUGCGUUUUAGUAAUCUGAAGGGAAGCAUUUUUCAUAUGAGGAGCACUGAACUGGUCCUCUGAGUACAGACCUGGACACUGUGUGAUAAUGUGGAACAGGAGAUGGUUUCUCAAAGUGUUUGUUGCUUCAAAGUACUGGCAAUUUUUGGCUUUAAAGAAAUAGUUUGACACUAUGAGAAAUACGCUUCUGCAAUUUGCAAGUUAGAUGAAAAGAUUGAUACAGCGCACAGUACAUAUGAAGCUGGAGCAUAAACACUGGAAACAGGAGGAAACAGCUAGUGAUUGUCGGAAGGUAAAAAAUAAGUCAAUGUUUAUAGAUGCACCUAAAAAACUCACUAGUUAAUCUCUUUUAUUUAAUAUAUAUAAAUAUAUAUAUAUUGUGAAAAAGUUGAGGUUUUGUGCCAAACUAUGAACAUGCAACCAGCAGAAACUGUGGGAAGUCACUGCUUUUAGCUAAAAUAUAGUCCACAUAAACAGCAAAUUAUCAAUUUUACCCUUUAGAGGCGCUAAUAUAAAAUUUUGAUACUUUUAGACAGAGCUAACCUAACUGUUUCACCCCGCUUCCAGUCUUUAUGCUAAGCUAAGCUAACUGGCAGCUUCUUUUCAUCUAACUCUCAGUAAGAAAGCGUAUUUACCAAAUUUUUAAUUUUCUGUAAAUAUGAAUUUUAAAAAUUAUUGCAGCUAUUUGUGCUCAUGCAAUUAUAGUUUCUUUCUUCUUUCUUAUAGACUUCAUUUCUUGAUCAUUUUGGGAACAAGCAAACAAAUGUUUUGGUAAGCCUAAAAAUCCCUGAACCCCAAUACAGAUUGCACUUGCACAUACUGUACAUUAGUCCACUGGAAAAAAAGAAAUUUAGUUGAAGGCAGAACUGAAGGAGCAAAUGGACUCAGAUCGAAAAAGCUCCACUCAUGCAGACAUGUAUGACUUAUUAUCAAGGACAUUCCACCUAAAAGAGUUGUGGUGCUGGUAUCACUUUUUGAGGGCUUAUGGGGCUUCAGUUGUUAUUUCUUGUGACCAAAUUAGUUUUUAAUUUUAGCAACAAGUCCAUCGGAAAGCAUUAGUUUCAUUUCAACAUCACAACUCUUUAAGAUAUACAGCUUGGACAUAUUAAUAUCCUAUUCAAAUGUCCUGAUCUGUGUCAGUAUCAAACAUCAGUGUGCUUUGUAUGUACACAGUCUACAUUGUACUGUAAAGGUAGCCCUGUUCUAGCCUCCAGUGUCUUAGCCUAUAGAGACCCCUUACUAAACUAUAUAACAUUUUAUAAUCACUAAUAUCCAGCCGUGACCUUGUGUAUGACGUAGUGCAUACUUUAGAGAUGUAUUUGUAACUUCAUUUUAGCUGUACUUUGCAAUGAAUCUCUUCUCUGCAAAUACAUUGUACUACUGUAGCCUCUGUAUAAAGAAAAAACCUACACUCUUUUUUUGCUGCUACACCAUUUGUGCCCUAUUAUGAUGUCUUUGUAGAAAACAAUGCAGUUUUAUGUUGUAUUAGUAUAUAAAUGCCAAUUAAUCGAUUCAAUGUCCACAUAAAAGUGUAUACUGCAUCGUCAAAUAUAUUGAAAAUGAUACCAGGAUACAACCAUGAUGUUACAGAAGUUAUUAAAG